UUGCGUGUGGCGCGGGGCGGGGCGCGGCUGGUGCGCCUGAGGAGCGAUGGCGGCCUGAACUCACCUAGCACCGCGGUGGCGAUCGGGCCUGGUCAGGGUCGGAGUUCUGUGACUGAACAAUUUGUAGGUCUGGAUCGGGCAGUGACCUCUGAGCUCACUACUCCAGCCUGGUAUAUCUUCUGGCUCCAUGGACAGUUACUGGCUCCUACAGACCGGAUGAAGCAGACUAGAGACACAAGUAGAGAAAGCCUCCGGCUGGCAAAUUCUCAGAGUGUGGCCCUCUGGCCACCGGCCCUGCCCGGCCUACCUCAUGGAGAGGAUGAACUGGCUGAGCAGACUGGCCUCCCGGGGCCCUGGGCAUCGUGUACCACAAGGGGCCAGUCUGCAGACCCCUGUCAUGGCUGACCCUGAGACCUGCCUCAUGGUCUUCAAGAAUCACUGGUCCCAGGUGGUGCGAAUUCUGGAGCGGCAAGGCCCUAGGGCAGCUCCUGGGGGAGCCGACGAUCUCAGUGCUGUGUGCAACCACACUUACCAGAUGCUGACACUGCUGGCGGAGGAUCGUGCGGUGCCCUCGGCUCCCACAGCUCCUGGGCCCCUGCUGGAGUUUGCUCUGCGCGAGGAUCUGCUAACCCGUGUGUUGACGUGGCAGCUUCAGUGGGAUGAGCUUGGGGAUGGGGUUGAGGAACGGCGGGCUGAGCAACUGAAACUAUUUGAGAUGCUAGUGAGCGAAGCUCGCCAGCCCCUGUUGCGGCACAGUCCAGUUCGUGAGGCUCUGCUGAUCUUGCUGGAUGCCUGUGGCCGCCCUGUGCCCAGUAGCCCAGCACUGGAUGAAGGCCUGGUGCUACUUCUCAGCCAGCUGUGCGUGUGUCUGGCCCGGGAGCCUUCAUUGCUCGAGUUCUUCCUGCAGCCACCUCCUGAGCCAGGAGCUGCUCCCCGUCUUCUCCUCUUUUCUCGCCUUGUACCUUUUGUGCAUCGAGAGGGCACCCUGGGCCAGCAGGCCCGUGAUGCCCUACUCCUGCUCAUGGCUCUGUCAGCUGGAAGUCCCACUGUGGGCCGCUACAUCGCAGAUCACUCUUACUUCUGCCCGGUGCUGGCCACAGGGCUGAGUGCCCUGUACUCUUCACUGCCCCGAAAGAUUGAAGUUCCAGGAGAUGAUUGGCACUGCCUGCGACGGGAGGACUGGCUGGGGGUGCCAGCCCUUGCCCUCUUCAUGAGUUCCCUAGAGUUCUGCAAUGCAGUCAUUCAGGUGGCUCACCCUCUAGUGCAAAAGCAGCUGGUAGAUUAUAUCCAUAAUGGGUUCCUGGUGCCUGUCAUGGGCCCUGCCCUGCACAAGACCUCUGUGGAGGAGAUGAUUGCCAGUACCGCUUAUCUGGAACUUUUCCUACGGAGUAUUUCAGAGCCUGCCUUGCUCCGUACCUUCCUGCGAUUCCUGCUAUUACACCGGCAUGACACCCACACCAUCCUUGACACCCUUGUUGCCCGUAUUGGCAGCAACUCCCGGGUAUGGCCCCUACCUCUGUCCUGGCUUACCUGGCUCUGCAUGGUCUCUCUGAGUCUCUUCAGGACCCUACUGAACCUCAGCUGUGAGGAUGUCCUGCUGCAGCUGGUUCUCAGGUAUCUCGUCCCGUGUAACCAUGUGAUGCUGAGCCAGAAGCCAGCUGUGCGCGACGUGGACCUAUAUGGACGGGCAGCAGACAAGUUCCUCUCCUUAAUCCCACGCUGUUGUCGGCACCGUGCCUCCAGCCCACCUCGUCCAGAGCAUGCCUCGUGGGCACGAGGUGGGCCUAGCAGAGAGGCAGGGAGAAGGGAGGACACGACGGGCCCUGGAAGCCCAAGUGUUGACUCCUCUUCUGUGGUGACGGUACCCCGGGCCUCCACGCCAUCUCGUCUGGCCCUCUUCCUGCGACAGCAGAGCCUGGGUGGCUCCGAGUCCCCAGCCCCAGCCCCUCGCUCACCAGGGCUUGCUGCCUCCCCAGCCUCCAGCCCUGGCCGACGGCCCAGCCCUGUGGAGGAGCCCGGUGAGCUGGAAGACAAUUACCUGGAGUAUCUGCGAGAGGCGCGCCUUGGUGUGGACCGCUGUGUCCAAGCCUGCCGCACCUGGUCUGCCCCCUAUGAUGGCGAGCGUCCCCCUCCUGAGCCCAGUCCUGUUGGCUCCCGGACUAAGAAACGCAGCCUGCUGCCUGAGGAGGACAGGGACAAUGCAGGGGAGGGGGAGGCGGAAGAGCUGGGGAGGGGGGCGCAGGCUCUGGGUGCAAGGGAGGGCCCUGGCCACCUGCCCCCUCCCCAGCUCAAUGGGGUGCCAGGACCAUGGCCGGAGGGGGCCAAGAAGGUUCGUCGGGUGCCACAGGAGGGAGCUGGGGAACUACUAGAGGGCACCUCCGAGGGUGUGGCAGGACUAGAGAGCUUUGGGCAGGAGCUCCGGGAGCUGGAGGUGGCAUUGAGCAAUGGGGGCGCCGGCUCCGAGCCCCCUCUAGAGCCUUCACUACCUCUUGAGGAGGAGGAGGCCUACGAAAGCUUCACCUGUCCCCCUGAGCCCCCUGGCCCCUUCCUCAGCAGCCCUUUGCGGACUCUCAACCAGCUGCCAAGCCAGCCCUUCACUGGCCCCUUCAUGGCUGUGCUCUUUGCCAAACUCGAGAACAUGCUGCAGAACUCCGUCUAUGUCAACUUCCUGCUGACGGGGCUGGUGGCCCAGCUGGCCUGUCACCCCCAGCCCCUGCUCCGCUCUUUCCUGCUCAACACCAACAUGGUCUUCCAGCCCAGUGUCAAGUCCCUGCUGCAGGUGCUGGGCUCUGUGAAGAAUAAGAUUGAGAGCUUUGCAGCCUCCCAGGAGGACUUCCCUGCACUGCUAUCCAAAGCCAAGAAGUACCUCAUUGCCCGUGGCAAGUUGGACUGGACUGAGGGCCCUGCGGCAGGCUCUGCCCCCCGCCGAUCUGAUUCCCUAGUGAAGAGCCGGAGGCCGUCCUUGGGGGAGUUGCUCCUGCGGCAUGCACACAGUCCAACCAGGGCUCGGCAGGCAGCACAAAUGGUUCUUCAGCCUGGGAGAGACGGCGCAGGACUUGGCCUAGGUGGGGGCUCCCCUGGGGCAUCAACGCCGGUCCUACCCCCCCGGGGUGGGGCCCCUGACCGCCAAGGGCUGGGGCCCCAAGAAAGUUGUACAUGGAUGGGGAAGUGGUCAGGGUGUUUUCUCUCUGGCGAGGACACGAUGCCAAGGUUUCGAGAGAUCUCAACCUGGUGUUUUGCUGGAGAAGAAGAGUGGUUUUUCUUUGGAGAAGAACCACUCUAGAGAGUCCUUCUAGUAGCUGCUUUCCCACUCCACUCCUGUGUGCCCACGAAGACUCCUUGUGUGUGGGGAGCAUUCUCCCCUAUCCUUGCCCAGCAUGUAGAGUCAUCCCACAAAGUGGGCCAUUGUCUGAGGUGCCAUGAGUAUGGAGCACUGGGAAGGGUCCUACCGUGGUGGGAGAGAGUGUUACCAAGAAAAGUUUCUUAAAGGUGAGGUGACUGGCCCCAGGAGAGGGCCGGUCUUCCUAGAGAGCUGAGAGUGUGGGUAUCAGGUCUUUGAGCAAAGGUUUGGCAAGUGAGCAUGGGCCUGUGCUCCAGGAGAGGAAUUAAUAUUCAAAUAUUUGUUGAAAUUGAAUGUAUUAGGGGAUAUUCCAAACACUUUGAAUGCAUUAUCUUAGUUAAUCCUUUUAGUAACUUCUUGAAGUAGGAACUAUCAUUUCCCCAUUUUACAAGUGAAUUAACAGGCUCAGAGAGGUUAAAUGAAUUAGUGCAAGGCAUACAGUGAGUUAAUGGAGGAUCUGGGAUUCAAAUCUGCGUCUGCCUGAUUCCAGCUUUAACCAUUAACCGGUAGUUCCUUUUGGUGAAGGGAGAGAUCAACACGUCCCUUCUGCUUGCCUCAGUGUGGUGGGAGGGGUGUGUGCCAGGUGGAAGUACAGUGUGAUGUGGUGACAAGGAAAUGGGCAGGAUGAGAGGAGAGCCGCAAUAGACCAAACCGGAAACCCCAAGCUUCUUGUUACGUGAAACCAAGUCUCUUCCUCCUACUGCCCCUUUAGCACAUUUUUUAUUAUUGUUGACAAGGAGAGGUCACCUGGUAUAGUACAACUGGCACCUCUGUUCCCUCAGAAAGGAAUUCUGAGUGAGGUAGACAGAGACAAGGACAAGAGACACAGACGUGGGGCAAAACUGACCAACAGUGCAAGGAGACAGAUGCAGAGGGACGGAGACGUUGAGAGCUGUUGAGAGACAGAGGCAGAGAGUGAUGCACAUCUGUAUCCUGAAGGGGGUCCAGAAUGAGAAGGGGGUGGUUGAAGUAGGGGUGCAAGGAUGGUGAGCUGUCGGUGAAAUCAGAUGAGGCUCUCUUUCAGAUUUUUGUUCAUAGAGGGAGCUCGGAGGGGAAAUUGGGUACUGUUGAACUCCUCGACCAGAAGCCCAUACCUCUGUUUUCUGUCUUUUGCGGUCUGAGUACCAUGAUUCUCUAGGCUCCCUAAAUUCCAUCCUGCCCUACUCUGAGUAAGUCUGCCUUUCCUUUCAGCUCACAGAGUCUGAGACUGAAAGUUGGUGAAGGAAAACCCAUGAGAGCUGAGUUCUGGGUGGAGCUGAUGAGCCCAUAGGCCUGGGCUCUUUGGGCCGUAUCCUGUUCAUGGGUUUUGCCACCACGGUAGCACGUUCUGGGGUCUCCCUGGGAAAAAAGGCACAGCUUAAUCAGCAUACCUGAGGAGUGACCAGAGUGGAGAGCACGAGGGAAACAAACAGGUAGGGGCUGUUAUCCAGAGAACAUGCCGCGCUCUGCAAGAGCCUCCAGGGCAGUAUAGAAUAGUUUGGAUAGCAAAGACCUCAGAGGGAUCAGGAGCCCUAACAAGUCUCUUCACUUCUCUCAGGCUACAGGGAUAAUCCUACAGGUCCCUAGUCGCUUAUUUGAAACCUUUUGGGACGGAUGUGUUUUGGAAUUCAGAAUUUUUCAGGUUUUAGAAAGGGAAUAUUGUGCCUUUAUGAUAUAUAAAGGAAUACCCCAGUGAGAUUGAGGGCAGUGCCCUGUCAUCAAACCCAUCAAUAUUUCUGUAGCUAAAUGUAUGAAUAUUCACACUAAGUGAAAUAAAUAGUAUAAAUAUGAUCAUGAUGGGUCAGGCCAGAUUUGGGGUCAAAGUUAUGAAAAAACUAUUGUUUCUUCAGAGAUGUUUUAUUUUGUAAUUAUAGGUAAGGGAUUAUGGGCUUAUAAUUGUUCUCAGGUUGUUGAGAGGAGUAGGAGUGCCGGAAAAGCCUUCUAAACACACCGCAUGCUAGGUAUGUAUGCAAUCUCAAUCCAAAACAAAAUAUAAAUGUCUGAGGGGGUGGACUUUUGGCUUAACAGUGAACAAUGUACUGCUUUGGACUCAGCUGCUUUGGGAGUUGUGCACAACCACGGAGUGAAGGUGCCUUAGCAGAGAGGCUUCCUGUGGUGGGAGGGAGACAGAACUCACUGCUUUUGAACAUCAGCUGCACAUGAUUUCCCUUUUCACGUACCAGAGGUGAAAGACAAAAAAUGGUGUGUGUGUGUAGGUGUGACACAUGACUGUCACGCAUUUCUUUAUAUUUCUUUAUAAUAAUGUUGUAAUAAAUAUCUUACUGCAUA